CUCACUCCACUGCUCGCUACUGGGAGAGGGUGGGGUGCAGGGCGCCAGGGCGAGGUGAGGGGGCUGAGAAACCCAAAGUUGGCCACUUCCGAUCUGCGGCGCGCAGAGAGAAGCGGAGAGCUGAGCCGGGCUCACAGGGCAGCGCCACCACGCUCCCUGCCUCUCGCGACGCGCGGUGCCUCCACAGGAGUGAAGAAGUGAUGCUGCAAGGAGGAGGAGGCUGGCCCGUGGAUUGACUGCCGUGCGGUGGGAGGAGCGGCGCGAGCCCCCGACGAGGAAGGCGCCUCGUCCCUCAGCCGGGUUUGGUGUCCGCACCCCGUCCCUUGACGUGCGCCGCCGCGCCUCCUCCUUGCCAAACCGCAAUCAUCUGGUCGCCUGGGCCAGGGAGAAGCGGGCGGGGGAGGGGGGCCGAGUAGGGUUAAGCGUGCGGUGCGCUUGAAUGCGGCCACGCAGCGGAGCCGAGCGCACGCCGAGAGCCGCGGUACUCGCUCAACCAGUUUUGGCAGCCGAGUUUUUCUUCACCUGGUGUUUUUUUUGUUAUCACUUCUCAACAAUAUUAAUUUAAACUUUUCGGCAAAGUAAUUCCGCGAGCAUGCGCCGCGCGCGCACCUGAUGUGCCCCCCGAGGGACGCGGAGGUCGCGACGCGCACAGCGCCGUUCGUGCGGAGGUGGGGCGGGGAGCGGCCCGGCGCCGACCGUCUGGCGGGGGAGCCAUGCGCAAGCUGGCGGCGCCGACGCCGCACCUCCCAGGGGCCGCUUGCGGCCCCUGGGAGCCGAGAGACGGCUUCACGGUGAGCGGCGGGGGCGGCCGCGCCGCCAUCCUCGGCGGCUUUGAACGUGCCGAGGAGUUUGGCGUCCUGGGCCCGGGGGCGCCCUACGGAGAAGAGGUGUGCGAGGAGUGCGGGCGCGAGAUCGCCUGCGCAGAUGACGUUGGCGGGAGCGGCAGUGCCCGGCUGUGGUUCGACGACGACGACGACGACGAGGAGGAGGAGGAGGAGGAGAGGUAUAUCGAGACGAUGUGCCUGCGGCGGCAGGGCAGUACCAACGAUGAACUCUUAGAGGGCUCCGACUGUGUGAGCGCGAAUGGGAUGUCGCCUGCGCGGUCCUGCUACGGAGAUCCGAGCGUUUACCUCGACGAUGCUGUGGACACGGAAGGCGACGCUUCCUCUCACCCCGACUUCUACGAUGGCGGCAUCUCGUCGUGCGGCGACGUUCCCUGUGCCGUGGACGCCUUCGACAUCCACCCUGGCGGGCGACGUGCCAAAGCGACGGCCCGCAUCGCCGACAGUGCGCACGUUUACCAGGGCCGCGCGAGCGACACGCUCAACUCGGGCUCUGGCUCGCGAAGUGGAAACAGCUUCUCCGACUACGGCAGCGCUGACGAGUCCCCCUGGCCCGGACACACGUCGGUCCGCGAGUUCCGCUCCGACUCGGACGCAGGGGCCUCGGAACAAGGCCAAAGCUACACGUGCUUCUUCCUGGUGAGUUCCAACGAUCCGCCGAGCACCGCGGAGGCCCUGACGCCCGACGGCCCGGGCCGCGCCGUGAGAAGCGUCCCGUCGACCGAUUCCGCGAGCGAUAACGCCCCGCGCGACGGUACCGGCCACGCGCCGCUAAAGCCUUGCCGCAGCGUGGACGAUCCCGCUUGCUCGCGGCCAAGGCUGCGGGCCGCGAAGAGCGCCAACGGCGCCUGGUGGACUUCUCUGGAUUCGUCUCCAGCCGAAGCCUCCGUGGUCCGGGAACAUUUCCCCGCUCCUACCGCCGGCACUGUCGGACCGCGCUCCCGAAGGAGCGAGCGCGACGAUGCGGCGUCGCCACGCUUGGCCGGCGUUCGUCAACGGGGUGGCGGAAGCGCCGCGCCUACGCCCGACGGCGAGGAGCGCGGGCGAGAGCGCCGGCCGUCUCCCGCAAUGCACCGUAACGCUGGCUUCCCCCAUCAAAAUAUAAUGGCCCUUCAUUGCCAUCAUCCUGCAGAGUCCGUCUCCGAGCCGGUGCUACACAUCUCCAGCCAGGCCGACGGCGACCACCUUCCGCUGCAGCUCUCGGUGAGCUUCGAUUCCAUACCGUGCCACUCUCCUCUGCAGGCUGUCCAGUGGCCCACGAACGUCACCGCGUCAGGUCACUCGGCCCUGAGGGCUUCCCUGAGCGAAGGUCACGACCCCAACGCGUCGGUUACGGACCACCGGCUCGGAGACUGGAGAAACCACCCGUUUCACACGAGGCCCAGCGCGGCCACGUGCUACUUCCGUCGCCCCUACGGCAGCUUGCAUCUCUACGACAACGACGAUUGCCCCGAGGACGAGGACGAGGAGGAUGACGAUGACGGAGUCGGUUACGGGAGCUCCAGGGCGGCGCUGCACCGCGCCAGUGCCAAGCUGCUGUGGCCCAUGUGGCAGAAGCAGGAGAGAGCGGGGCGGCGCGCCAAGGAGCAGGCCGACGGCAGCCUCGUCCGGAGGGACGUGACGUCGCCCGCGGCGCGCGAGCGCGGCCGGGCGCAAGCGUCGACCCGGCGGCGCGAUCCCGCCGGGCUUCUGACCGAAGCCGCGACGCCAGAAUGGACGAGAGAGGAGCGGGAGGGGGGAGCGGCUCCGUUCAGGCUCAACGGCUCCAAGGGCGACGACGGCGGCGGCGGCGGCGGCGGUGGGGUCUGCUGCGACGGGAGGCGGCGCAAGGCGAGCUCUGCGGUGCUGCUGCGCCGAUACCGGCGUGGCGGAUUUGAGGUGAAGAAGUCUGUGUGCCCCGGCUGCUGGGACCGCUGCGGCUGGAUGGCGGCGGCGGCGGCGGCGGCGGCGUCGUACCGGCCCACGGGCCGCUUCGGCGGCGCGUGGCACUCGACGUCGCGCCCGCAGCCCUGUCGCAGGAGGCGCCUCCUGCAUCUGCACUAUUAUCGCAAGCACAACUCGCUUGGGGCCCAUGGACAUCUCCCAGGCAGCUUCUGGAGCGAGCAGGGCCCAGACGGAGCGCUGAGCAUCCUGCUGUGCAUCCGGAGUCUGGGGCAGGGCUGCCCCUUGAGAGAACACAACGUGAAGGUGCUCCUGUCGCACGGGGGAGACGCGCACCUCCUGCACUCGUCCAGGAAGAUUUUGGCCGAGUCGGCGACGGCCCGGGCGCGAGCGGUGGCGGCGGCGCUUGCCGCGAAGGCCCCGGCGGCCGCGGUCGCGGUGCGGGGCUGGCUGCCCGGCGAGGGUCUCCGGGAGCGCGUGUCCGGCGCACUGCUGGAGGCCGUGCUCCUGCUGGGGUCGCGCCCCGGGGUCACGAGCCCCGUGCUGACCACCGCGUCCGCGCAGGGGAAGAGCCCUGCCAAAGGGCGAGGCCUGGCAAUGUCCCUGCCCAGCACGAGCGGCCUCGAGCCGACGGCGGCAGGAGGCGCCACGAACCCCGAGCUGGAGGCCCUCUGCUCGCUGCUCGCCUUCCCCGAGGAGGUGGCCGGCGUUCUGUGGGAGCGCGAGGUCGCGCUGUACCGGGACGUUUCUCCCGGCUCCUACCUCGCCUUCCUCACCACGGACCUGUCCUCGCCCGCCACCACGGACUCCGUCCUCGCCGGCCUGCGGGGGAAGCGUGGCAGCGACGUGGCGCCAGCCGAGCAGCAGCAGGGUGGCGGCCUGCGGCCAGAGGACGCCGUCCAGGCCCUGGUGGACUGGUUCAACGAGGUGAGCACGUGGGUCACGUGGCUCGUGCUGGCCGCCCCCUCCAUGGAAGAGAAGCGGCAGACAUACUCCUGCCUGGUGCAGGCGGCCUACGCCUGCUACCACAAGAGGAACUACCACGGCGUCGCCGAAAUCCUCUCCGGCCUCAGGUCCCGCAAGGUGCUCAAGAUGUGGCAGUUCAUGGAGCCCUCGGACAUGCAGGCCGUGCAGAGCCUGAAGCAGGCCAUGUCGGUGCUGGGCUCGGUGGAGGGCUACGCCCGGGCCCUGCGGCGCACGGCGCCCGGCCGCCCCACGCCGCUGCCCUUCUGCGGAGUGUUCCUGCGCGAGCUUGCCGAGCUCAUGGAGUGCGGCGCCAGCCUGCUGGUGUGCGGGCCGCCCGGCGCCUCCGGCGGCCCCUUCCGAGACGCGGCCGGCCCCCGCGGCAGCCCCGGCACCCUGCGGUUCAUGGCCGACUACGUGGGCGAGGCGGGGUUCGUGAGGCGGGCCGGCCUCGACGGACUGUGCAACCGCGACAAGGCGGCCGAGGUGUCGCGCCUGCUGGCCGUGGUGGCGGCCUGCCAGCGGGGCCUGCUGGCGUCACGGGGCCCGGACGCCGACCCCUCCUCGCCGCGGUCGCUCGCCGCCUCCCCGCCCGCGAACCCAGCGGGCUGCAAGUACGGCGAGCGCGGCCCCUCGCCUCUCCCUGCCUCGUGCAUUCUCUGUCGUUUUCCACCCAACGCUAUGCCGAUUGCGCUGCAGGCAACGCGCCGCCACGGGACGGACGGAUCCAUUGGGAACGGCCCGGCACCGCUCCCCACACACACUCACAUGUACAUAGACGUGUGGGAAGUCUCUCCCUGUGCUAAGCGGAGCACCCUUCUCCGUUGUCCACGCAGGAACGGCAGGGCGGAGGCGGAAGCGACGGGGCUCUUGGCGGACCGAGUCAGGUUUGUGCUGGGCGACGGCGCGAACGAGGCGGAGGACGACCGUUUCGACGUGGCGGACGAGCUGGACGGCGCGGCGCCGUCGUGCGCCCUGCCGACGCACGGCCACGGCGUCGAGGUCAUCCCCACGCACGUGCUGCUCCGCUGGCUGCCGCUCGGCCUGCUCGACUUCCUGCGCCGAGGCUGCACCGCGCUGCACUACGACGCGCCCGGCCGCGCCUCGGCGCUCUGCUUCCUACGCCUGCAGCCCGACAACCGCACGCUCGCUUGGGGGCAGACGCCCGUCGCCGGGCGCGCGCGCGGGGCCUGGCCGAGCGCGCCGGGCGGCCGCGGCGCCUCGGAGGGCUCCCUGGACCUCUCCUCGCUCAAAGACGCCUUCGCCGACGGGCUCGCCCCGUCCGACGCGGUGCACCUGGCCGGCCUGUACCGCCACGCCGCGCUGCUGCGGCCGCUGACGCUCCUGCACGGCGCCGGCACCACCGAUAACCGCGCGCUGCGCUUCCUGGCGCCGAAGCAGACGGCGUCGCAGCUCACGGACGCGCUGCGGCUCGCCGCCACCGCGCUGCGUGGGCUCAAGCGCUACCCGGACCAGCGGCUCUACUGGCUGCGCAAGCAGUACGCGGCGCUCUUUCAGGUGCGCGGUUCCUGCCAGGGCCCUACGCUGGCACAGACGGUGGAGUUGUUUGGGGGCCGGCGCUGGCCGUCCCACGGCGGGGCCAGCAGCGGCGUGGGUGGCGGCGGCGACGCCGGCGGCGGCGGCACCCUGGGCCGCACGGGGACGGAGCGCUGCAGCUGCCACCACAAGCUGGGCCUCGGCCUCGGAGAGGGGACGCCUCCCGGCAGGAAGGCCAUGCAGCGCAACGCCAGCAAGCGCAACAAGAAGGCGCUGGCCAAGUCGGCCAGCGUGGACAGCGAGGAGGAGCUGGGAGACAUCAGGACGAGGGGACACCAAGACGGCAGCCUAGGCAUGGGGACGCACCGCACCGGCCCGCCGGUGCUGGCAUCUGUACCCGACAUCCCACUUGAGCAGCAUCCUGCACCAAAUCACCACGAGCCUUGCACCAAAUCACCACGAGCCUUGCACCAAAUCACCACGAGCCUUGCACCAUGCAUGCAGAGGUCACGCCACGGGAACAACGCCUCGAGCACCAAAGCGCUGCCAGUGACCACCAGGCACAGGUCCCGGUGGUGGGGGCGUGGUGUUGAUCUGUCUGCGUCCAGCCCCGCGUCGCUGCUGAGCCCCAUGCGUCGAGGAACGCUGCCCGAGUCUCCCCCCCCCCUGCAGAGCCUCACCUCCACGGCACGGCCGCUCACCCUCACCUCAUCCUGCUCCUCUUCACAGAGGCCCAGCUCGAUGGGCAUGCCCACCGCGUUUCAAAAGUCGCACAGCGGCAGCCGAAACAGCCACAGCUGGCACGGCAGCGCCCGCUCCGGAUUCACCGUCUCGUUCCACGACUUCGACAACUCCGUCUCCUUCACGGAGUUCGUGGAGCUCUUCAAGUCGUUCAUCGUACGGAGCCGCAAGGACCUCAAGGACGUGUUCGAGGUGUACAGCGUGCCCUGCAGCCGCUGCGAGAGUCCCGCCGUGCCGGUGGGGAGCCACGCCGACGCGGCACCCCGGACCCCCCCCGGGGCCCAGCCGGAGAUUGACCUAAUCACGAGGAACGAGUCCGAGUGGAGUUCGCCGGCUGCCGGCUGGGGUGACGAGCCUGCCGUGGGAGGAGGCUGCGCGGCGUCGUUGGGCGUCGCCGGAGCCGCCGUCGCCGGAGCCGCCGCCGCCGGAGCCUACCAGCGGCAGAUCUCGGACGCGAUCGCGGCGGCCAGCAUCCUGAGCAACGGCACGGGCGUGGAGAGCACGUCGCCCCGCCUGCUGGGCAUGGCCCCCCGGCAGCUCGCAGACUUCCUCGCCAAGUGCCAGGGCGAGCACCUCACCUACCCGGAGCUGCUGCGCCUCAUUCAGCGGUUCGAGCCGUCGGAGUCCAUGCGGCAGCGGGGAAUCAUGUCGUUUGAAGGAUUCGCGAGGUUCCUGCUCGACGCGGACAACUUUGCGUGCGUCCUGGAGGAGUCCCCGCCGGACGAGAGCCAGCUCCAGCGCCCGCUCUCGCACUACUACAUCGCCUCGUCCCACAACACCUACCUCACGGGACACCAGCUCAAGGGAGACUCCUCCGUGGAGCUCUACCAUCAGGUGCUGCUGCAGGGCUGCCGCAGCGUGGAGCUGGACUGCUGGGACGGAGACGACGGCUCCCCCAUCAUCUACCACGGCCACACGCUCACCACCAAGAUUCCCUUCCAGGACGUGGUGGAGGCGAUCAACCGCAGCGCGUUCGUCACGAGCGAGCUCCCCGUCAUCCUCUCCAUCGAGAACCACUGCUGCCUCGCCCAGCAGCGUAAAAUGGCCGAAAUCUUCAAGAGCGUCUUCGGGGAGCGACUCGUGACGCGCUUCCUCUUCGAGUCGGACUUCUUAGACGACCCCAUGCUGCCAUCGCCGUGGCAACUGCGAGGCAAGAUCCUGAUCAAAAACCGCAAGCUGAAAGCUCACCACACGCCCGUGGACCUGCUCAAACAGAAGGCCCACAAGUUGGCCAGCCUGGCGGCGCAGCAGUCCAGCGCCACCGCGGACGAGGAGGAGGAGGACGAGGACGAGUAUGACUACGACUACGAGUCGCUGUCCGACGCUGACGGCCUUUCCACAUCCAUGCAGGCUCUCCAGAAAGACACCAUCCUGGACGAGCGCACCGAGCGGCUUCCGUCGGAGGACACAGAGGAGCAGAGCAAGAGCAGAAGCGGGGCGGCAACGGAAGCGCAACCGCCCUCGCCCAGCCGCAAGGAGAAGGCCUCCUCAAAGCAGAAGCGCUACGUGGUGUAUGACAUGGAGCUGAGGGAGGAGGUUCUGCUUCCGCACAACAAGAAGGAGAGUCGGCAGAUCGCGCAGGAGAUGUCUGACCUCGUCAUAUACUGCCAGGCCGUCAAGUUUCCAGGCUUCUCCAGGCCCGGCCCCCCGGGCCCCGCGCGCCUGAAAGCGAAGGCAUCGCGCAAGUCGCUGUUUGGUGCGGCCGCGCAGAGGAUGAGCACCGGGGAGCAGGACGUGGCGCACGCGCGCACGCACGCCAAGGGCGGCGACGGGACUGGCGGUGACGCGGAGGACCCCGGGGUGGCGCCUCCUCUCUCCGCAAAAUCUCUCAGCGCCCUCAUCCGCACGCCCAAGUGCUAUCACAUGUCCUCCAUGAACGAGAACGCCGCCAAGCGCCUGUGCCGUCGCUACGGCGCCAAGGUGCCGCAGCACACCAUGUGCCAGCUGCUGCGCACGUAUCCUGCCGCCACGAGAAUCGAAUCCUCGAACCCGCACCCCAUGCUCUACUGGCUCCACGGCAUCCAGAUGGUGGCGCUCAACUACCAGACCGAGGACUUACCCAUGGCGCUGAACGCGGCCAUGUUUGAGCAGAACGGCGGCUGUGGGUUUGUGCUGAAGCCGCCGGUGCUCAGGGACAGGACCUGCCCCCUCCAGAAGACCUUCCGCCCCAUGGACCGCGAGAUCGAGGGGGUGCAGCCGACCACGUACCACAUCACGGUGAUCUCGGGGCAGUACGUGUGCCCGGGGAACACGGCGGGCAGCCCCCACGUGGAGCUCGAGUUGGCGGGCAUGCCGCUGGACACGUGCCACGCGGGCCACCUGCGCACCAAGACCGUGGCCCGCAACGCGCUCAACCCCCUGUGGGGCGAGACCUUCACGCUGCCCGUGCACCUGGAGGCGAUGGCCUUCCUCCGCCUGUCCGUCGUGGACGGCGGCGGCGGCGGCGGCGUCACCGCGCAGCGGAUGGUGCCGCUGGCCUCGCUGCGCACAGGCUACCGCCACUUGCGGUUGCGUAACGUCCAUAACGAGGCGCUGCCCAUCUCCAGCCUCUUCCUGUGCGUUCGCCGAGAGGAGGCCCCCCUCGGGGGGGAGAACACCCCCGCCUCCAGGGUGUUUGGAACGGAGGAGGAGUGGCGCCGCGGUCGGCACCGUCUCACGGUGUGGGGCGCCCCGGGGCCGUGGCCCUUCUCCGUGCUCUCGGUUCCCGAGGACACCACUGCUCUGCAGCUCAUCGCCCUGGCCUUGCAGCAGUCGGAGGCCUCGGACGCGCGGCCCCCAUCCCCCGAGAGCACGCGGGGCGCCUGCGCCUGGGCGCUGGUGGAGGAGUCGCUUCCCGUGUGGCGGGAGAGGGGCGAGGGAGCGGCGUCAAAGGGGGGCGGCGACGGGGACGCGCGGCCGUGCGACGGGGCCGGCCCCCAGGCCGACGAGCGCGGAUCGCCGGGGGAGGGCGCCGCCCGGCCGGCGAAGGCCGAGGGGCGGUGCCAGCGACGCGCGCUCAACUCCGAGGAGCUGGUGCUGCCGCUCGUGCGAGCGUGGGCCACGCGCGAGGGUCGCACGGCACGGCUCGUCAUGGAGAGGCGCGACGAACCAGGUGGUGAGCGUGAGUGGAACAGCAGCACCUUCCUGGUGCGUGUGCACGACAUCCUGCCCGAGCAGCCGCACACCAUCAUCCGCGCCGAAUGCGCCAGCACCGCGCAGGACAUUAUCACCCAGACUCUGAGCAAGGCCAAGUACUCGAUGACGUCGCUGAGGAAGAGCGACCCGGCCGACUACGUGCUGGUGGAAGAGCUGAAAGACCCCAAGCGUGUGUCCCCGGGGAGGCCGCUGCACCGCGUGCUGGCCGACGAUGAGAACGUCUGCGCCGCCCUGAGUCGCCAGCUGGAGCCCACGCGGCUGCUGCUCAAACUGCGCGAGCAAGUGCAGACUGUCCUGGACAGGCAGAAUUGCCCCACGGAGGAGGUGAAGCUCCGGGUGAGACGCUCCCCUGGCCGGGCCCCGCUCAUCGCGGGCCGUUCCGUGCAGGCCCCGCCGACGGACGGCGCGGCCGCGCAGAUUUCUCACGCGGACGGCCGCUCUUGACGACCUCCCCUCGGCGGGGACGGAGCGCCGCUCCCUCUGGGUGCCGCCCUGCCCCCAGCGCGGCACGUGAAGAAGCUGGAUACCCGCCGUCCGCCUGUAGAUGCAAUAUUGGAGAGAUAAACUUUUAAUUGUUUUUUAAAUGGACGUUCGGUGAGCGCCUUUCCGUUUCCAGCAACGUGGUUGUGGUCGCAAUCCUGCGGGCGCCGUCAAGCGCGAAAGGAGGGACGAGUUUUGAAUAAGCACUUCCAUAAGCACUUCGCGUACGGGGAUCGCCCUCCAGGGUCCUCGGUGGGAUCCCAACGCAGACGAUGGCACGCGAUGCGCUCUGCCGGACCUGCGCGCCUGGCAUCCACCAGGUGUUGUUCACGGCGGGCGGGGGCGCCGGUCACCGCCCCCGCCGCUGCAGUCGCUGGAAACGUCGCCACGCUGUGGAAGAGCCCUGGGCCGGUUACCGUGUGGCCCAAGCCACUGGGGGGAGACCUACCCUCUCAUUGCGCCUCUUGUCUCUUGCCCAAAGGAGACUGCUGCACCCCCCCCCCCUCUAUAUUUUCUGCACUGAGCAAGUUUCACUGCACUACGUGGGAUGGGCAGGCGCCCAAUGUGAGCACGCCCGUUGCUGCCAGGUUUGCUGUACAGAUGUUUUUUAUUGUGAAUAUUGUGGACGCUAGGAGUUCUCAAACGCGCUGAGCCAAAUCAACACGAAGCAGCCACUCCUCGUAUUGGGGCCCUUCAGGUUUUUACCACACGCACACGUGGACAAGUCGUGCACGUGGACAAGUCGCGCACGUGGACAAGUCGCGCACGGCGAGCUUCUGACGUAUCCGUCGCCUUGCCGCCUCGGACGGCCACGCUGACGCUGAAUGGAUGACACUUCACGGGACGCUGUGCUCCUGCAGCCCGCCUCGCCGUACACUGCCAAAUUUGCACUUCUUCCUCCUCAUUUAUAUUCUUCUCUUUCACCCCCUCCCCCAGCCUCCCUACCUUCUUAUUCAUCUGUCACGCACGCUUUGCUUUCCAGCCGUGGUUUUCGCUGUCUGGCGCCCUUUGUAUUCUCCUGUUUGCUUUCAGCUCCCUGUCCCCUGAUGCCACUUCCGAUACCUUUUCGACCAUUUCCCUUCACGUGUAUUGCGCUUGCUGUAGAUACCGAUGUCAUAGAUGCCUUUGUAUGUUAAUUAAACAGUGUAUUUUAUAUAUUUUAUUUAGAUAGUUUUAAUAUGCGUAUGUGUCCGUCUGAGUCGGAUAUUAAUAAAUACCAAAAUAUUA